GGCUGGGGCCAGGGAGAGAGCCCCGGGGGAGAGGCGCCGGAACCGGGCCACGGGAGCAUGUGGGCCCAGAGCGGAGCGCGGGGCGCGCUGCUGCUGGCGCUGCUGCUCUGUUGGGACCUGAGGCUGAGCCUAGCAGGCACUGAUUCCGGCAGCGAGGUGCUCCCUGACUCCUACCCGUCAGCGCCGGCUGAGCAGUUGCCCCACUUCCUCCAGGAGCCGCAAGACGCUUACAUCGUGAAGAACAAGCCUGUGGAACUGAGCUGCCGCGCCUUCCCUGCCACGCAGAUCUAUUUCAAGUGCAACGGCGAGUGGGUCAGCCAGAAUGACCAUGUCACGCAGGAGGGCCGGGAUGAGGCCACCGGCCUGCGGGGGCGAGAGGUGCAGAUCGAGGUGUCUCGACAGCAGGUGGAGGAACUGUUUGGGCUGGAGGAUUACUGGUGCCAGUGCGUGGCCUGGAGUUCUGCAGGCACCACCAAGAGUCGCCGGGCCUAUGUCCGCAUCGCAUACCUGCGCAAGAACUUCGACCAGGAACCUCUGGGCAAGGAAGUACCCCUGGACCACGAGGUUCUCCUGCAAUGCCGCCCACCAGAGGGGGUGCCUGUGGCUGAGGUGGAGUGGCUCAAGAAUGAGGACAUCAUCGACCCCACCCAGGACACCAACUUCCUGCUCACCAUUGACCACAACCUCAUCAUCCGCCAGGCGCGCCUGUCGGAUACCGCCAACUACACCUGCGUGGCCAAGAACAUCGUGGCCAAGCGCCGCAGCACCACCGCCACGAUCAUCGUCUAUGUGAAUGGCGGAUGGUCCAGCUGGGCAGAGUGGUCACCCUGUUCCAACCGCUGCGGCCGCGGCUGGCAGAAGCGCACACGGACCUGCACCAACCCUACCCCACUCAACGGAGGCGCCUUCUGCGAGGGCCAGGCCUUCCAGAAGACUUCCUGCACCACUGUGUGCCCAGUGGAUGGGGCGUGGACAGAGUGGAGCAAGUGGUCGGCCUGUAGCACCGAGUGUGCCCACUGGCGCAGCCGAGAGUGCAUGGCGCCCCCGCCCCAGAACGGAGGCCGAGACUGCAGCGGGACCCUGCUCGACUCUAAGAAUUGCACCGAUGGGCUGUGCAUGCAAAAUAAGAAAACUCUAAGUGACCCCAAAAGCCACCUCCUGGAGUCCUCGGGGGAUGUGGCGCUGUAUGCCGGCAUCGUGGUGUCCAUCCUCGUGGUGGUGGCUGUGCUCAUGGUGGUGGGGGUGGUGGUCUACCGCCGCAACUGCCGCGACUUGGACACUGACAUCACCGACUCAUCCGCCGCCCUUACCGGAGGCUUCCACCCAGUCAACUUCAAGACUGCAAGGCCCAACCACCCACAGCUCCUACACCCUUCUGUGCCUCCGGACCUCACAGCCAGUGCUGGCAUCUACCGCGGGCCCGUGUACGCCCUGCAGGACUCGGCUGACAAGAUCCCCAUGACCAACUCGCCUCUUUUGGACCCCCUGCCCAGCCUCAAGAUCAAGGUCUACAGCUCCAGCACCACCGGCUCCGGGUCAGGCCUGCCAGACCGGGCUGACUUUCUGGGAGUCCUGCCGCCUGGCACCUACCCUGGUGAUUUCUCCCGGGACAGCCACUUCCUGCACCUGCGCAGCGCCAGCCUCGGCUCCCAGCAGCUCCUGGGCCUGCCCCGUGACCCGGGAAGCAGCGUCAGUGGCACCUUUGGCUGCCUGGGUGGAAGGCUCAGCAUCCCCGGCACAGGGGUCAGCCUGCUGGUGCCCAAUGGAGCCAUCCCCCAGGGAAAGUUCUACGAAAUGUACCUCCUCAUCAACAAGGCAGAAAACACCCUCCCACUUUUGGAAGGGACCCAGACAGUAUUGAGCCCCUCGGUGACCUGUGGACCCACAGGCCUCCUGCUAUGUCGCCCCGUCAUUCUCACGGUGCCCCACUGUGCCGAAGUCAGUGCCAGCAACUGGAUCUUCCAGCUGAAGACCCAGGCUCACCAGGGCCACUGGGAGGAGGUGGUGACCCUGGAUGAGGAGACCCUGGACACCCCUUGCUACUGCCAGCUGGAGGCCAGGGCCUGCCACAUCCUGUUAGACCAGCUGGGCACCUAUGUGUUCACGGGUGAGUCCUAUUCCCACUCAGCGAUCAAGCGGCUCCAGCUGGCCAUCUUUGCCCCAGCCCUCUGCACAUCCCUGGAGUACAGCCUCAGGGUCUACUGCCUGGAGGACACACCUGUAGCGCUGAAGGAGGUGCUGGAGCUGGAGCGGACCCUGGGCGGAUACCUCGUGGAGGAGCCAAAACCCCUGCUGUUUAAGGACAGUUACCAUAACCUGCGCCUCUCCCUCCACGACAUCCCCCAUGCCCAUUGGAGGAGCAAGCUGCUGGCCAAAUACCAGGAGAUCCCGUUCUAUCACAUUUGGAGUGGCAGCCAGAAGGCCCUGCACUGUACCUUCACCCUGGAGAGGCACAGCCUGGCCUCCACAGAGUUCACCUGCAAGAUCUGUGUGCGGCAGGUGGAAGGGGAAGGCCAGAUAUUCCAGCUGCACACCACGCUGGCAGAGACACCUGCUGGCUCCCUGGACGCCCUCUGCUCUGCCCCCAGCAGCACACUCACCACCCAGCUGGGACCCUAUGCCUUCAAGAUCCCGCUGUCCAUCCGCCAGAAAAUAUGCAACAGCCUGGACGCCCCCAACUCUCGGGGCAAUGACUGGCGCCUGUUGGCGAAGAAGCUCUCCAUGGACCGGUACCUGAACUACUUUGCCACCAAAGCAAGCCCCACGGGUGUGAUCCUGGACCUCUGGGAAGCACUUCAGCAGGAUGAUGGGGACCUCAACAGCCUGGCGAGUGCCUUGGAGGAGAUGGGCAAGAGCGAGAUGCUGGUGGCCAUGGCCACUGAUGGGGACUGCUGAGCUGCCCCAGACUGUGGGCUGGUAGGGACUGGCAGGAGGCAGGUGCAGGGAGGUCCAGGCAGCCUCCUGUGGGGCAGUUCGGCCUCCGCUGGCCCCAGCUCAUAGCUGGAGUCACCCCUCCUCCUUCCUUGCCCCACCUCCAGACCACGACCAGCCUUAGGAACUCCAUGGACUCUGGUAUCGGAGGACCUGGUGUUCCUUCUCCACCCCUGCUGUCUCUCCUGGCCCUAGACCUUCAUGCAGAAACCAGAGUAGGGCUGGGGCCUCCAGAAGCAGAUAGGGGAGCAAGGGGGUGGCCCUCCCUCCACCCCUCCCUCCACCUGCAGCCCUGGGACCUCUGGGUUAAGUUGGGUGUAGUUUUGUUCAUUUUCCGCCUCAGCUGUUGAUUUCCCCCUGCUCCCCAAGUCCCCCCACCCUUCGCACCGUUUUCCUCCUUGAGGAGGAGCCCAGCUCGGACACGCGGCUUUCUCCUCGCGCUGGAGGGAGAGCAGGCAGGCUUGAGGCCCCCGCGGGCUCCGAGACGAGAAACACCAAAACCGCAGGGAAAGAAAAGCCCAGUUUCUCAGGAAACGCCAACGAUUUAUUAUCCAGAUGCUUGGAUAAGUCCUUUUUAAGAAAAAUAGAAAAAGAAAAAGAAAAACAACACAAAAAAAUAGAAAACUCUUUUCUUGAGUGUGGAUGAGUGGGCGUGGUCAUGGUUCUGCCCAGGAGCCUGUGUGUGUGCGUGUGUGUGUGUGUGUGUGUGUGUGUGUGUGUGUGUGUGUGUGUGUGAGAGAGAGAGAGAGAGAGAGACAGAGACAGAGGCAGAGGCAGAGGCAGAGGCAGAGGCAGAGGCAGAGGCAGAGGCAGAGAGAGCAAAUUAGGGACGGAGACUCAAUAGGGAACUUUGCUGCUAAUGACCCCAUCUUAUUCUUACAAGGCCUCCGUUUCCCCAGUUGUACAGGCUCAGUGGGGUUUUAGCCUUAAACCCUCUUAAACCUUAAGCAGCCACUGAAUCCAUAAAGCCAAGGAGCCCUGAGCUCUGGAGUGGAGUGGGUUUCUCCCUGUGCGCCAGGGAGAGUGUUUCCAGUGCCAUGAUCUGGUGGCUCCUGGAGAGAUGAGGCCCAGAAGUGGACCCUGACAGAGAAAGGAGUGGGACAUGAGAGUCCCCCAUGGACACUUCUCUACUUCAGGUGGGGCCAGCCUGACACCGCCUUGCUAGCAGCCUUUAGAACAGGUUGCUGGAGCAGGCUGGCAUUCUCUUGACGCCCAGGAGUCCAGGACUCCCCCUUCCCCAGCCUGUUUCUCCUUCCAUAAGACAGAAGGGCGGAUGAGAGGGCCUCGCUAGCAGCAGCCUGUUCUGGGCCUCGGUGUGGUUGUGUGCAGCGUGUUAGCAGCAGUCCUGCAGCCUGGGAGGCUGGGAGUGGGUGGCCUGCCUGUGCUGUGCAGCCCUCCGCCCACCCAGAGUGGAAGAGAGGGUGGAGGGCAGUUUCCCAACUCUGAUCUCCGCAGGCACCUCCCUCCCUCCUCUCACCCAUUCUGUAGUUUGGGAGAACUUGAGGUAGGUAACCUUUGAACAAGAAGGGUUGCCAGAGUGGAGAGGCUGGCACCCCCUCACCAGCCUGUUUCAGGAUGUCCUGAUGGGCCAGCAAGGUCCCUAAUUGGGGAGAGAUAUGUCCCCAUCCCUUUUCAGCUGUCCAACAAUGGCUGGGACCAGGCUCCUGCAGCUCGCACAGAGACCUCAUCAAAGGCCUCUCCUUGGCACCCAGGCAAAGCAAGUGCCAGCUCCCCUGACAGCUCUGGGCACUGACCCCAGGGCUUGCCCCAGCAGGCCCAUGAGCAGCCGCCGGGACCAGCCUGAGCACAUCCUGGCCUUUGAAAGUCUGGGCUCCAGGAAGGAAAGCAGAUUUUAGGACUACAGUCCCAGCCAACAUCUCCAGCCUGGCUUCCCUGCCACCCACAGUACCCCUCAGGGUGAGGGUCAGCCGUGGGCAGAUGGGGUCUUGUUCAGAGGUUUGAGAGAGGAGUCCUUGUGCCAGGACUGUUGAGGGACAGGCCUGCAUCAGGGGUGGGCUCCUGAGGCUGGGACCCCAGGGCCCAAGUGGAUGCUGCCUUGGGCAAAGGCCGUGAGCCUUCUUGCCAGCCUUCCUGCUCACUGGGGCUCAGCCUCCCUGGUCAUCCCUAGCCCACGCCACAGGGCCUGGGUGACAGCUUGGAGUUGAGGGCAGUAUAACCAGUGCCACCAAGGCUCCACCAGUGCCCUUCCCUCACAGGCUCUAAAAUGCCCACGAGCAGCCUGCAGACCAGCGCUCAGUCUUCAGCUUUGCCAUUAAACUGUGUGACCUCAGCAAUAUGAUUGCCUUCUCUGAGCCUCAUUUCCUUUUAGUACUUAGAAGGCCCCACAGCUGCUGCCUGAGGCCCUUUGGGUUCUGACACUGUCAUCCUAUGGGUGGGAACCCUAGUGGGUAGGAGUUCCUGUGGUCUGCCUGCCCCACCCUCAGAAGCUUGCUCAGUGCCUGGGACAAGAGCUCUUUGUGGACAAGGCCAGGCCACCCAUUUCCAAUCUGAUUUCUAGAAAUUAUGUACCAGGGCCUGGCGCACGGAACCAAUUGGCUGGAGCCUCCUGGGAAGGUUUACCGUCCGGUUUUAUGAGAAAAGCCAAGAAGGGUUUCUUGGCUCCGUCAGUCUGCUGAGGCUACUGCAACUCCAUCCCCGCGCUGGCCCCUCAGGGUGGGGUCGAGGCAGCCCCAGGCGCCCGCGCACCGAGGGCAGCAGGUUAGGUACCGCUGCAGGGCCUGUGUGGCCUCGCGCGGGUGUCUGUCUCUCUCGUCUCGGGUGUGUUUGUGCUCACGUGUGUGUGCACGUGCUCUGCGUGUGUGUCCUUUUAUUCACACAUGGGUGCAGCAGGGCUCCCCUCCGGAAACAUGUCGCCACCUGUGUGAGUGUGCCCUCCUCGAGUCCCAAGUUGGGACAUGCAGAGGCUGGUGUGCCUGUUUGCUGCCCUCUCUGAGUCCACAGGGUCAGUCGGUGUAUCUUCUACGUGCCUCUCCCUCUGCCUUCUCUCGAAGUGCCCCGAAAUCCAGAGUCCCGGGCAGGGGCCCUUCUGAGAGCGUAAGAACCUCCCAUCUCUUGGAUGAUCCAGGGCCCUCGGACCCCUUCCCCCAGCAACCAGGCAGCUGAGCCAGGUCCCUUAGCAGGUCCUCUGAGGGAAGGUGAUUCAGGAGCUUGGGGUCAGGGAGCAGCUCUCUUGGGGGCAAAGGGCUGGACCCCCCGCCUGGGGGCUGCAGGAAUGGCCCCCAUCCCAUCUCUGUUUAUUCUGUAAACUACAACCUGUAAAUAACAUUUAGCAUUCCUAUUGUAACAAAAUUAAUUUUUAUGAAAUAAAUUAUAUUUCCUAGUCUAAUAAACUCCAGGUUAUAUUCUGCUGUC